AUGGAGCGCAUCGAGGGCGCAGCAGUGGGUCCCUGCGCCUCGUCGCCCUACCUGCAGCCACUCAGGCUGCACUACGGCCAGGGCACCCCCAAGUCCUGGGAUUUCAUGAAGACCCAUGACAGUGUGACUGUGCUGCUGUUCAAAUCUUCCCAGAGGAGCCUGGUGCUGGUCAGGCAGUUCAGCCAGUGCUGCUUCCCGGGAACCCUGGCCGUGGUGAGGCAGGAUGGGCCCCAGGAGCUGCUGCCUGCUCUGCUUGGUGCAGCGGGGCUGACCGUCCUGUGCACACCUAGCUGUGUGGAGCUGUGUGCUGGCCUCAUGGACCAGCUGGGGCUCUCGCUGGAGGAAGUGGCCAAGAUGUGGGAGGAGUGUGGCUACCGCCUAGCUCCCUCUGACCUCCACAGGGUCGCCACAUCCAGGUGAGGUGUGGGGCUGAUGGGCUCCUGUCAGACCAUGUUCUUCUAUGCCGAAGUGACUGACGCCCAGCAUAGUGGCCCAGGUGGGGGCCGGCCCGAGGAGGGUGAGCUCAUUGAGGUUGUGUACCUGCCCCUGGCCGGAGCCCAGGCCUUCGUGGACAGCAGGGACAGCUCCAAGACUCUAGGCGUCAUCUUUGGCAUUUCCCGGUUCUUCAGCCACGUGGCUCCCACCUGCGUGUCCAGAGAGGGCCUCUACUCUGCUCCCCACCACAAUAAAGGCUUCCGCGGACCCGGAGAGCACCAGCCGGGCCCGUGCCUAGCGGAAGGCAGCGCAGGGGCGCACGGCGCAGCGCCGGCGCCAGAGAGGAGCGGCGCCCCCUGCAGCCGGCGCGGGGAGGGGGCGCGCGAGGGUGCGGUGCCGCGCGUGGGGCCGACCCGGCGCGCGGAGGGAGGGGGCCGCGGCGGUGACCUCAGCGGGAGCCGCUGCACCGCUGCCCGACCCCCGGCAGGAGCCCGGGUCCGAGCUGCCUCGCAGGGCGCGCGCGGGAGCACGCGGCCAACCCCGCGCCCUCCACCACCGGGGCGCUGCCGGGCGGCGCCCUCCGCCGCCUUUAAAGACCGGGGCGCCCCCGGCCCCCCCUCCGCGGCCCCACCCCACGGCGCGCCCCGCCCCCUCAUGCAUAUGCAGGUGCGCGGGUGA